AUUCAUCAAAGAGCACGACGCGCAAUAUAGCGGCUUCUACAAGUAAAUCAGACCUGCGCUACAAUGUCCGUCUCUCAAGAGACGGCCAGCGCUGGCUCUCGUGCUGCACGUGAACUGGGCGAUCUCCUCGCCAGUAUCGAAGUACGCGCGGACUGGCCUGUUGUUGAAACUACGGCUCAAACUCUUGCAAAUGCAUUGCGAAAUCGAGAAGGUUCAGUUGACGAACAUACAACACUGGGAAAGACUCUGUUGCCACAGACUCUUACCUCUCUUCUCAAGGUCGCACUUGAAGGCUCUCGAGUUCCGGAUGAUGCGCAUGCAGCAGCUGUCUUGGAACUCCUCCGAGUUGGUGCAAAUUUAUGCAUGGACCACAACGAGAAUCGCGGUCAUCUUCUGGACUCCGGAUUUCCUCAAUUAGUUGUUUCGCUAUUAGAGGGCUAUGCUGAAUAUCUCCCCGAAAUACCCUCAUACGAGCCUUUUUCCCUUUCAAACGCGCACCUGAAAAUAAUCAAGACUGCGGUGGGAGCCCUUCUGAAUCUUAGUCUGGGAUAUGAGCCUAUACAGACUCGACUCAUUUCUCUCGAAACUCCUGUGACACUUCUGCGUCUCUCCAUUGCACUCUAUCCGCCUGGAACAUGGCUUUCAGUAAAGGAAACUGGCCCCGGUUCUAUAGAUGCGGAAAGCUGGACACUAAGAAAGGGAAUCACGGAAUGGUCCUGGAGGGCCAUCUCCGGAUUGAAAGAUAAUCAAGUGCAGCAGCCACUCUUUGGACCUGAGUCACUACCUCACCUCGUGGUUCCCCUAAAGGCUUUCCUGCCACCGUUCCCAGUACCGACCAACUCCUUAUAUUCCGAUAUAACGACUCGAAAGGCAUUGCUAGCAACUGACGUGGAAGUACUGGAAGAGGCUUGCGAGCUUAUAGAGACGCUGACGAUGGACAUUGAAGACGUUCGGCUUGCUCUUGCACGUGGCAUGGCCUACAACGAACAGCCACCGUGUUUAGCGCUCAUGCUCGACUUUAUCGAGUCAGCAGAAUACGCGACCGGCUGGCAAGACUCCGGGAUACCUCAAGAGGAAGUGGUCCGGUGGAAACACGCCCUUGACCUCUGCAAAACUGCGAUCAUUAGAUCAGUUGUGGAGAUCUCAGGUGAAGAAGACAAUCUAGAUGUCUUAUGGGACGACGCAAUGCCACAAAACGGGUUUGUCUCGCGUCUGAUAAAAUGGCUGCAGCCUACACAGGAUACCAGCCCAGGACAAGUGCAUGAUGACCUUGUGAUCUGUGGAACUCUCAGCCUUGGCAACUUGGUACGACGAGAGAAUAACUCAAUUGCGCUUGUAAAUGCGCCCAUAUCAAUUACACCACAUCUCGUUAAAUAUUUAGCGCCGGCAACUGACCUCAAGGUGAAGCACGGUGUCAUUGGGCUUCUGAAGCAUCUCGCCCAGAGUUCUCCGAAUCGGAAGGUUCUUGGUGAAGCGCACGUAAUCGAAUCACUGCGGUCUUGUGAAGUGUUCAGCGAGAACGCGGACAUUGCAGAGAUUGUUCAGAUGUCUGCAAUCAAUCUUGCAAAACAUCUGUGCACUCAUAACGUGGGGAACGCUAUUAUUUGUGUUUUGGAUGGAGCCGAUAGCCAGUCGUCUGUGUCGUGCCUCAGCCAGAUCCUUGCUCUUUCACAACGGUCGGACUCUGUGCCUGUCAAGAGCGAAGGUGCCCGUGUACUGGUUAAUAUAGUCAAGUCUCUCUGCUCGAGCACAGGGGACUUGAAUGAACCCCGUAGGAAAGCUGCAAUCAAAGCCGUGACAAAUGCCGAGUCCGCCACCACAUUGGCACGUCUGCUUGGGCGAAGCAAGAAACAUGUCAUUCUUCUAAACGAAUCCAUCGUGUCCAUGUGCCUUUUGGCGCUCCAGUCUGGAGGAGCCCUCCUCGUGCUUGAUGCAGUUGUUGCUAACUUGCCGAAAGAAAUUCCUCCACCGUCAAGACAAAACAGUCUCAACAGCGAAUCUGUGCCUUCUUCCGGAGGUACACCUUCUGCACCGGUUACCGCUCCUAAGACUGCACUUGAGGUACUAGUCUCAAUCUUGCAGAAUCUUGAAGGAAGGAUUCCUGCGGAAUUGCGUGCCAACCUCUGCCAGCUCCUUGGGGAGAUUGGCCGCGACAGUCUUAAGACUGAAUCGCUUGAGCACCACGAGAAAGUCGAGCAGGUGCGCCAAGCGUCACGCGACAUGCUGCAGUCGUUAAAGGGCAGCCCUGAUUCCCUCGCGCUGAGCGCCGCAGCUGGCAAGGCUCUUGACAGCUGGUGAGGUGAAAGUCAGGUUGGAAGGCAUCGGAAGGACGAGUAUCUGACACGACAAUCUAAGGAUAUUUGUUUACAUCUCGUUUCGUUCAUGUGUAUCGUGCGUGCUUCACCGUAUUUUUAGUCCUGUGUGUACUUGUGAAUGUAUGCUAUGGAUAGUGUUCUUUGCUUGUUAUCUUAAGGUUUGGAGCAUUGGUUUUGCUCACC